AAUUUUUUUUUUAUAGGAUCAUACAGUUAAAUCGUUCUUAAGAAGUUUUCGUACGUUAUGCAGCAAAAAUCGAUGAUGUGCACCAGAUACUUUCGUGUUUUAAGAACAGCUCAGUAUCUAUCAAAUUCUUCAAACAGAUCUCAAUUAGAAAUUAGAAAUUCCACUUCCCGCGCAUAAUUUUGUUCGAAUUCCUACAAACUCUGGAAAUCUUGUAGAGUUCUAGUUAAAUUGUGAACAAUCGAAGUAAAAAAGUACCGAGAUCAUAAAACCUUUGAUCUUAGAUCCGGAAUCAUCAAUGGAGGUUCCGCAAAGUGGACUGGAGAGAGAGAAGUCGAGCUCAUCUUCAGCGUCUCCAGUUUCUGCUGUCGCCAAUUUCUGGAAAGAAUUCGAUCUAGAGAAGGAAAAGAGUUUAUUGGAUGAGCAAGGGCUUCGGAUUGCUGAAAAUCAGGAGAACAGUCAGAAGAAUCGGCGUAAACUUGCAGAGAGUACUCGAGAUUUUAAGAAAGCUUCGGCUGAGGAAAAAUUGAAUUUGUUCAAUUCAUUACUUAAGGGAUAUCAGGAAGAAGUAGACAACCUUACUAAGCGUGCAAAAUUUGGCGAAAAUGCGUUUCUUAAUAUUUACCAGAAACUUUACGAGGCUCCAGAUCCUUUUCCAGCUCUUGCGUCACUUCCGGAGCAAGAUGCAAAAAUUUCUGAACUGGAAUCUGAGAACAGAAAAAUGAAAGUUGAGCUUGAGGAAUUUAGGGCAGAAGCAGCACAUUUAAAAAAUCAACAGGCAACGAUAAGGAGACUUGAAGAACGCAAUCGUCAAUUAGAGCAACAGAUGGAAGAAAAAGUGAAAGAAAUAGUUGAAAUGAAGCAGCGUAGUUUGGCAGAAGAGAACCAGAAGACUCUGGAAGUCCUAAAAGAACGAGAGCAGUCACUACAAGACCAAUUGCGCCAAGCUAAAGAAAGCGUUACAACUAUGCAAAAGUUGCAUGAACUUGCUCAGAGUCAGUUGUUUGAGCUUCGUGCUCAAUCAGAGGAGGAGACAGCUACAAAGCAAUCAGAACUUAGUCUUUUGAUGGAUGAAGUUGAACGUGCUCAAAGUCGACUUCUAAGUCUUGAGAGAGAGAAGGGACAUCUCCGUUCCCAGUUACAGUCUGCAAAUGAAGAAAGUGAAAAUAAAAAAAGUGAUACUGUGGAUUCAAGUAGCGUUCUUGAGAGCUCUUUGAGCGCAAAGGAGAAGGCUAUAUCUGAACUCAAUAUGGAACUUCAUAAAGUGGAGACCACCUUAUCAAAUGAAAGGGAACUUCAUAUUAGUGAAAUCAAGAAAUUGAAUGCUCUCCUCCAUGAAAAGGAGAUUGCUCUUGAGGAGCUGAAGAAAGAGCUGCAGGCUCGCCCGACAGCAAAAUUGGUUGAAGAUUUGCGUAAAAAAGUCAAAAUUUUGCAGGCAGUGGGUUACAACUCUAUUGAGGCUGAAGAUUGGGAAAUAGCCACGAGUGGGGAAGAAAUGAGCAAAUUGGAGACUUUGUUGCUUGACAAGAACAGAAAGAUGGAACACGAAGUCACUCAAUUAAAGGUAAAGCUGUCUGAGAAAACAUCAGUUCUUGAAGCUGCUGAAGCAAAGGUCUCAGAACUUAAUGUUAAGGUUGAUGAACAGCAAAAAUUAAUUCAGAAACUUGAAGAUGAUAUAUCGAAGGGAUAUAGCUCCAAAGAGCGGAGAGGCUCGUUGUUUAAUGAUUGGGAUCUAUCAGAGUCUGUUUCAGCCGAACCAUCCGAGAGUGCAGAACAGAAGCAUAAUUCUGCUGAUCAGGACCAAAGUUCCAUGCUUAAGGUGAUCUGUAAUCAGAGAGAUAGAUUCCGAGCACGACUACGUGAGACUGAAGAAGAAGUAAGGCAGUUGAAGGACAAGAAUCGGUUAUUGACAGAAGAACUGGAGAAAACAAAGGCAGACAAUGUAAAACUUUAUGGGAAGAUCCGAUACGUCCAAGACUACAAUCAUGAGAGAGUGGUUUCUAGAGGGUCCAAGAAGGGUUCCGAUGAUCUAGAAAGUGGCUUGAGCUCUGAUGUUGAGUCCAAGUAUAAGAAGAUUUAUGAAGAUGAUAUUAAUCCAUUUGCUGCUUUCUCCAGAAAGGAGCGAGAUCAAAGGUACAAGGAGUUGGGUCUCAGGGACAAAAUAACACUUACCAGUGGGCGUUUCCUACUUGGCAACAAAUAUGCUAGGACUUUCGCAUUCUUCUACACGAUUGGGUUACAUAUCCUAGUUUUUACUUGUUUAUACAGGAUGUCUGCUCUGAGUCAUUUAAGUCAUGGCACUGAAGAACUUGUUGAGGAAACCAUUCUGCCUCAUGCUCUCUAAAGCUUAAUCCAAACUACUAUAAAUACUACAUCCUCAUAUUUGAAUGAUUUUGCUUCGGAUGUUGAAGAACAUAUCAUGACAAAGUUUUGUUGUAUAGUAGUAUAUAUGAUCACAACAGUAGUCAUUACCCUUUUUCACUCUUCUUUCAUGUAUAAUGCAAUGUCGGAGUAUGGAGUACAUGUUAGAAAUUCUAGUUAUGCUGUAUGCUGGAAAUGAUGAUGACAAUGACAGAUGCUUGUUUGGCCUGACAAGUCAACAUUCAGUAGUUCCUAUAGUAGAUGUUUGUGUGAUUAAAUGUGCCUAUUUUAGCAUUCAUGACGGGGUACAAAACUACCAAUCAUUGUCUAGGGGAGGAAAUAGUGUGUAGAUACAAUCCAAAUUUGACUGAAGAGUUCUGUUCCUUUUUUUUUUUAGGGGUGUACUAGUCCUAUAUAACUUCAUUUGGUCAAUGGGGGAGAUUUAUAAUUUUUAAGGAACUCGUGUGACAAAGAAAGAGAUAAAAAAAAGAGAGAGGAGAUAAAUAAAGGAAUUGAAGGAGUAGACGUUCUUGAGAAAAGCUUUGAUAUCGGGUCCUUAUCUCAGCAUAAAGAAAAAAGUAUUGGCAGAGCUGCAAAAACAGCAUUAAGAUCCAGCUUUUAGCUGAAGAUAGGGAAGAAACCAACUAUCAGUACAAGAAGGCGGAUAUUGACUAGGAAAGAGCGGGUCGUUCCCGAACACUACCUAGUCGCGAGUCAGUCCGACUGGUGGCUGACCUUGUAGUCUCGAGAAGGGGGCUCCCCCGAAGAACGGGACUUUCGCAUGCCGAGUGAAGAAGGUGGCUCCA